AUGUCUUAUGAAUUGGUUUCUACAGAAAAUACUCGAACUAAACGUCGAACAAUCGAUAUUGAAGAUGAUGGUUCUACUCUUAGUGCCUCCGGUGUUCUUCAAAAGUUAAUCAAUCAAGAUAUGGCAAAAUCCGAGGACCUGAACCGUGCACAGCAUGUCAGAGCUUUAUAUACAAAAACUGGUCAAAAACUGCCACGUUUAGUAGCGAAUACUCAUUUGUUUUUUAUAGCUAUUCACUUAUUAACAAGCAAUAAAUAUGAUUUAUUUAAUUAUGUAUCCUUUCGUGAAGGUAGUGGAACAGCAAAUUCUAUAAAUGGAUUAUCAAUGAAAUUUAUGGAAAAAGCAAAAACCGUUGUUCAUAAUUAUAUGAAAGAUUAUUUCAAAAGUGAAACAAUUAAAGUUGGAGAUACCGAAGUUGUUCAAGGAAAAUUUAUCAUUGAUGUAACAAAAGAAGCUGUUAGAGCUGGAUAUAAUAUGUUCAAAUACAUGCAAGACAUCCAACUUGCAAUAUUUGAUUCAUCUGGUCUUGAUGCUAUUAUUAGAACACGUUUAACAAAUAGUUCUAGAAAAAUUGAAGAGGCUCGAAAACAAUUAAUAUUAAGUACAAUUAAAUCAGAAGAUUCAGAUACAGCAUUGAUAUUUAAAUUGCCUAGUCCAGUACUCAAACGUGUAUGGAUUGCCAACAAAAAAGAUGCACCAUCAUGGGCUGGAAUCUUUUGCCAAAGCUCAAAAAAGUCAACAAAUAGUAAAACUACUGAACGAGGAGCAAAAGCAGUCGAUACUUUAAUCGAUUGUGGUCUUAUUAAACAAGGUAAUUAUUUACCGAAGAAUAGUGGUUUAUUGAAAGUAUCACUAACAGAAAUAUUACAUUCAGAAUCUUUAAAAAUUGCUUUACAUGAGUACGUUGGUAUUAGUGUACAAGAAUAUGAACAAUUGUACGAGGAAUUGGCCUAUCCAAGUGAUCUUACAGUAAUGACUGAUUCGUUAAUCAAUUAUCUAAUUAGCAACCCAAAUGUUUAUGCUAAAUAUUAUCACAAUUAUGCACCGGAAAAAUAUUCCGAAUUACGUAUUUGUAUUGAAAAAUUAGAACGUGAUGGUUUAAUUGAAAAACCUCAAUUGAAUGGUAAAGUUCGAUGGAAAUUUAUUAAUUAUCGUAAUCCAGUUGAUCAUGAACAACAUGAUAAUUUGAAUAGUUAUGUAAUGAAUCAAAUUCAAACCUGUCAACUUGAAGAAGUUUGCUCUAUUGAGCAUGGUUUGAAACGAAAGUUAACUACACUAGUAAAACGAAACGAAGUUAUCAUUUCACCCAGUUCAAGUUUUACCAUAACACCAUCAAAACGUACUCAUAUUGACACUGAAUUAAUAUCGAACGUGGAAGUAGGAAUUGCUCAUUUUCAAAACAUGUUAUCAUCGAACAACAACAAUAAUAUUAUUCCUUCAUGUAAUCAAACUUCAAAUAAUGAAUCAAAAAAUUCAAACAAUGUGGAAAUUGAUAUGCAUCCGACAAUAACUACUUCAAGAAAUAGUGUUGAUGCUAAUACAACUGAUUGUAUUACAUUUACUUCUACAAGAUCUACUAUUACUACUUCAAAUACUACUUCAAACAUUGGUACAUUGCCGUUAACACAUACAACAAAUUGUAUUGCUGUAUCUGCACCUGAUCUCGUGACUACUACAAAAAUAACUAAUCAUGAUGUAAUUGCUUGUUCACCAAUGAAUAUUGAAAAUACCGAAUCACCACUAAUUCCAUUGUUGACAACUGAUGAAAAUCUUAUUGAUCUUGUUGAAAUAACCUCAUCACCUGUUCAUCCAUCUGAUUUACGUGAACCAACAGAACAUAAGCAAGCUGAUGUACCAACUGUUACUUCAGCUUUUGAUAACUUUCCUAUUUGUGCAAAAUCUGCUUCAUCGUUUGAUGAUAUGGAAGAACCAAUGGAUUUUAAUAAUGCUGCUACUAAUUCUCUUACAUUAUCACCAAUUCUAUCGGUACCUUUACUUACACCGACUUAUCGUCAUAAUGAAACAGCUACAUUGUGUAAUGAUUUGAUUAAUGUCGACAAAAACAUACCUGUUAUUCAAACAUCAUCUGAACAACAUUCAACAAUGGUACCAUCUAAACUUUCUACAUAUUCCUCGACACCCAUCAAAACUUCUUCGAUUCAAACUAACUCGAAUCAAUCUUCUGCACUUGAUCUUUUAAAGUCAUUUGGUGAUAUAUCGAAGCAUACUGAAAUGCUUGAUAGUUAUACAGAAAGUUCAAUUGAAAUUACCAAUCAUCCAACAGAUACAAUUCAAGAAAAUGUACCUAAUGAUAUUCCACCAGGUGGAUGGAAAGACAAAAAGAAAUGGACUCCAGGAAAGGAUGGUAUUGAUAAAUGGUCAACUCAACGUAGGUUGUUUCUCUUAAUAAAGUAGCAGCAUUUCAGAAAAGAACUCGCUCAUGCUAAUGAAACUAAAUUUUUACUAUAUGUUUUUCUUACCAGAUAUGAGGAAAUCUCAAUGAGUUUUCUCUUCGUAGACUUACCUAAAUACUGAAAAAAUAAUGAAGUAUUAAAAAAAUAAUUCGCAUAAUCAAAACGAAUAUAUACUUAGGGGUACCCAAAAGUAGUGGCGGAGGUAUCUUAUUUUCUUAUAAAAGGCUUGAGUAAAUUUUCUUUUUCUAUAGGAUGAUAGAGAAAAUGAAGCUCUAUUUUUCUAUGCU